UUAGAUAUAAACAAUUAUUAGUACAUUUUCGAAAAAUAUUAAAUUUUUUUGAUACUUAAAUCUCUAACUGACACGUGAGCGUUAGCUUGUUACCAGUCUUAGGAACUUAUAAAAUUCUAUUCAAGACCUACAGACCUCUCAAUGAAAAGAAUUGAUGCAGUGAAGUCAUGUUGGCGUACAUCGUGCUAGGAGUUUCGUUGCUUUUGAUUGGAAGAUGCUCUUGUUUAUAUACACCUUUGUCUCUUGGUGAACAGCAAAGGAUAACAAUUCAACUCCAACAAAAGCAAAAUGAUCUUAAGUCGAUUUAUUAUGCGGUUACCUCUCUAAAUGCGAUCGGUAAAGAACCUGCUUUUGCUGAUCAUUAUUGCAACACUGUUUUCCAAUUGUUUAAUAGUAAAUUAAUUGUUGACAUUUUUCAAGUCUCUGAAAUUGCCAAGAUUUUAAAGUGUAAGAAUGUUCCAUUGAUUGCUAUUUCUGAAUUGUUAAAUGAUGACAGUGACUCAGUUGCUUAUUCGCGGGCCAUUGUAUCAAUGGUUAAUCUUGGUUACCCAGUUACAAGUGAAACGAUUCAAAAGUUUGUUAAAAUUGGUAAAGAGAAUGAUUCUCCUGCAAAUGCUGCGAUAUUAUUUUAUGCUGCUAGUGUAUUACCUAAAUCUGACGUAUUAAAUCCUAUUGUUUCAAUGGUGGAGGAUGUUUUAGCGCAGGCAGAUGAAGUUAAUAAUGAGUAUUUACAAUUUGAAGGUGGAUUAGCUUUAACAUCGCAAAUAGUACGAGGUAUCAUAAGUUUAGGAGAUCAGCAGGGCAAAUCCUUAAUGAAAGUAGAUCAAAUUAAUAAGUUCGCUAAUUAUUUCCUGAACCGAAAAUAUGUUUACCUACUUAAAGAUAUUCACCAUCUAACAUCUGCUCUUUCAUCAUUAUCUAAUAACAAGCAUCAAGUUCCAUUGGUUGUAUCUGUCUUUAAUACAGAUGUGAUUUCAAAAGAGAAUCCACUAUUAAAAGUUAGAGUAACAAAUCUGCUUGAUGUCUCAUUGAAUAAUGUUCAAGUUAAUGUUAAUUCGUUUGUUACUUCUGAUGAAAGAAUAAUUUUUGAUAACCAAGUUUUUGUAAAAAGUCCAGAGAAAGAUGAUUACAUAAUUGUUGAGGGAGAGGUUGCCAGGGGUUAUUUUCCUGCUAAUUCUUUUUAUGUUGAUGUUGGUAGCACUAACCCUUCACGAGGAAUGUAUAAAUGUAAUGUUCAAGUUAAUAUUGGUGAUCAAAAGCAAUAUAUCGUAAAAGACACCUAUGUUAUCAAAGUUAAAGUUGUUUCUAAGAUUGCAGUAGAAGAUGUUUUUAUUGAAAUUGGUGAAAAAGAUCAAGCUUCUAAAAAACAUGAAUCUCAGCUAGUUUAUCCAAAUAAGCUUUCUUCAGUAUUGGAGGCAGAUUAUCAUCAAACUCUUGUUAUCAAAUUUAAUUUAAAAGAAAUCAGUUCUGGUCAGUCAGUGGUUGUGCAUCAAGCUUUUGUACGUCUAGUUCAUGAACUUACUGGUCAAGAGAUUUUUUUUGUUAGUGAGCCUGACAGUGCUGACAAUUAUAAGUUUACUCUUGAUGUUGGAGCAACAGCUAAGGACUCCUUUAACAAUUUAUCUGGAAAGUACAAAAUGUCACUAAUUGUUGGAGAUUCAACUGUCCAAGUUCCUAUUAGUUGGUCAAUAGGUGAAAUAGUUCUUAACUUUGCUGGUCAACCAAAGAAAUCUAAACGCCAGGAAAGAAUUGUUACUCCUAAACCAGUGAUAGAGCAUAUGUUUAGAGUUCCAGAAACACGUCCCCCUGCCAUUGUUUCAUCUGCAUUUACAGUUUUGGCCUUAUCUCCUUUUCUAGUCAUGUUUGCUAUGUGGUACAAAGUUGGUGCAAAUCUUUCUAAUUUUCAAUUUUCUAUUCCUGCGUUAUUAUUUCACGUCGGGUUGGCAGGAGUAUUUGCUUUAUACUAUAUGUUUUGGCUUCAAUUGAACAUGUUUCAAACAUUAAAAGGUCUUGCAAUAGUUGGCGGUUUGACUUUCCUCGGAGGCAAUCGAAUGCUAGCUAACAUAGCAGCUUCUAAAUAUCGAACAUAAAUUAUUAGUGAAUUACCUUUAUAUUUAGUUAACUUUUUAAUUUAUUUUUUCUAUUAAAAUAAGUAAAUCUUUCUGUAUAAUAUCGUUAUAAUAUUAUUAUAAAUCUUUCUGUAUAAUUUCGAGGAAAAACACAAGAUUUAA